AUGAAUAUAAAUACAUCAUAUUCAAAGAUACAGGAUAUCUUAACUAACAAAUCAUCUCAACUGAGUACUGCUACUGCUACUAACACGUCCAAUCUACCAACAAUAAAACCAUCCCAAUAUGAACUAGAAAGAACUAGAAGUUCAACAAUAACAUCUAUGGAUGCAGUCACAAUCCAUUCAGUAGUAGAUAGAGAUAGAUUACCCAUAUACUACGGCUAUGACGACAAUGACGACGACACCCACGAUAAUGACGACCACCCUAUAGACACGUCAUCAACAAUCACUGAUAUCCAACUUCUAACCCCAGACAAAGCCCAUUCGCUAUCGUCACCGCAUGGUCAACCUGAUCCAACCAUACGGCCUACUUUACUCCGAAAGAGAAGUGCAACUACUUCAGUAAUUGAAGAUGUCACCACUUCACAACAACUCCAAAGUCCAACUUGGAUCUUAAGUAAUCUUUUAUCAAAUUUUGGAGGGGCAUUAAGAGAUAUGGAUGAAUAUACAAUCGUGAGUAAAUCAAAUGAUCUUGUAUUAUUAUUUCAAAAUUACCCAAACCUCCGAGAUGAAAUUCAAAUCAAAUCGGUGAUUCCAAAAGUUCAAUUCAUGUUAUAUCAUAAAAUCCUGGAAGUUAGACUGUCAGGUUAUAGAAUUUUAAGAUAUUGUAUUUCGAAUUAUGAAAGUUUGAAUUUAUUAAUUCAAUCUAAAUUAUUAAUUUUUUUGAUUGUUACAUUAGGGAAAAAACCCGGUAGUCGUCAGGGUGUCAAUAGAUGUAAUUUAUGUGAAUUGGAACAAGCGGUGAAAUUGAUUCGAGAAUUUUUAAAUAUUGAUAAUGGUGCGGAUAAUUUAUCAAUUGGGGUCGUGAAGGCAUUGAUUGCGAUUGUGGAAAGUAAUGAGAAUGAUGAUAAUGGAAGAUAUUACCAAAAUGCAACCAAUGGGGAUGGACAUGAUGACGAUUAUGAUGAUGAUGAUGAUAUUGAAGCCAUGCCUGAGUGGUUUAAGAAUGCAUGUUUGGAAACGAUUUGUGAAAUUGCGAUAUUGAAACCGGAAUUAGUUUUCCAUAGUGGUGGGUUUAAAUUGAUUAUGAAUUCAAUUAUUGAUGGAUCGGUUGAGAUUUCUUCAACUUGUUUAAUGUUAUUAUUUAAGAUUAUGGAUUUUCAAAAUUCAAGAAAGUUUUUAAGAAAUGGAUUUGAUUUAGAUUCAUUGAUUUCGAUAUUUUCAAAUUCUACUGAUGAUGUUGAAGUGGUGAAUGGUGGUGGUGGUGGUGGCGAUAAAUCAAGAAGAGUGGUUUCUAAUUUUAAAUUACAAAAAGUAUCAUUUUUAAUUUCGAUAUUAUUAAAACAUUUCAAUGGAUUAAUUGCAUAUUCAAUUGGGAAUUUCAUAAGUAUUAAGAAUUUGAUAGCUAAUUUAUCGAAAAGAAACCCAAAAGUACGUGAUUAUAUCAUGGAUAUCUUUUUUGAUGUACUUGGAAUUCAACAAUUCCCUUGGUUGGCGAAUUCGGCCAUUGGAGAAUCAAUUAAACGUUUCAAUGAUUCAAUCAAGAAUCAAAAUUAUUCAUUUGAGUAUCCUAUAUUAGACCCUAUAGAAAAUCAAUUUGAAUAUAAUAUAAAAAAUCAUUAUUGUGGAUUAAUUGUAUUAAUAUUAAUUAAAAAUGAUAUCUUCCCCAAAUUAAUAGAAAUAAUAGAACAAAACCUAGAUCAAUCAAAUACAAAGAAAGCAACUCGAUUAUUAACUCAUAUUUAUUCCAUGGCUAAUAAUUUCCUUCCAUCUGAACUCAUAUGUAAAGAUUUAUUAUUACCUAACCUAUCUUCCCAUGCAUCAUUUGAAGUCGUAAGUGUCACCAGAAAGAACUUUAUAACCAGUACGGAUUAUUUAUCAAAUAUAAAAACCAGUAUUCAAAAAAUCAACCUUCAACAACGAUAUAAUGUCGAUGAUGCGGAAUUUAAAUCAUUAAUCACCAAUACUAAGAUAUUAACCAUCAAAGAAUUUGAAGAUUGGAAUUGGACAUUGUUAUUAAAUCUAAUUCAAGGUCCAUUGCGUAAUCCUAAACGAUUUGAUGAAACUAUUGAAAAAUAUCCGAAAUUUUUAAAAAGAAUAAUGUCAUUUUAUCGCCCGUUUAAAUAUCGGUUUUCAAAAGUACUAUUAACCAGUCGUGGUUCGACUAAAUAUAUCAAUAUUGGUUGUCAAUUAUUAGAAAUGUUAUUGGAAUUCGAUCAAGGGGUGAAAUAUUUAAGUACGUCCAAAUUAUUACCUCAACUUUCAGAAAUCGUGGCCCAAAUUGAUCCAUACAGUGGGGUAGCAUCGAAAGAAUCAAUAAUUAGUAAGAAAAGAAUUGAAAAUACUUGCUCGGUGGGAUAUUUACGAUUUAUUGGAGUUUUGAGUGGGAAAGCUGCCGGAAUCAAAAUGUUGGAACAUUGGCAAUUUUUCACAUUAUUAUCUCAUAUUGUUGAAUCAACAGUUCAAUCCGAAAAUAAUAAUACUUUCUUGUUGACGUUAUUUAAAUAUAUUGAUUUUUCAUUAGAUUCCCAAUUUAGACUAAUAUUAAUGUAUUGUUUAAAAAUAUCCAAUCUUAAAAUACGAAAUUAUUUAUUAAAACAUUUAUUACCAAGUUUAAUUAAGAUCACACAAUGUGAAUUUUUUGUGAUUAGGAUAUUGGUGGCGAAUUUAUAUGAUUCAGAUUAUGAAUUUGUACAACGAUCAAUUGAUUUAUUAUAUGAAUAUUAUCAAUCUAAUAGUUUUACAAAUUUGGAUAGAUUGAUUGCUUUAAGACCUUCGAUAUCGAUCUUAUCAAGAUAUGAAACCACCGGUAGAAAUUUAUUGAUUAGAAUGUUUCAAGUCCCAAUUGGAUUUAAAUAUUUGGAAGAAUCGGGGUUUUUGGAUUCGGAAUUUGAUAAAUGGUGUAAAAUUGAUGGAUUUUCUUAUUUAUCGAAAAUUGAAACCUUGAUUAAAUGUCAAUUUUUCCCAUUUUUAAAUCAGGGCCCACCUUCAACUUCGUUAUCGGUAUAUUUCUUCAAAUAUUUAUUAUCUACCGAAGAAGGAUUGAAUUAUUUCAGUUAUGGCAAAGGGAAAGAAUUUCUUGAUGGGAUAAUUGAAUCGAUUGAAAUUAUAUUCACGACAAUAAACCAACAGGAUGAAUUCUUGGAUAUAGACAACCAAGAUCAAACUAGAGGUGAUUUAUUACAUGACCUAAAACAAAACCUUUGGAUCAUAGGAAAUAUCGCCCUGAGUAAACAUGGAAUUAAACUACUAGACCCCAUGUAUUCAACCACAACCAUCCAACCCAAGAAAUCGAUUAUUGACUUAAUUCUUGAGAAUUUCCAUACUUGUCCGAUUUGGCAAUUGAGAGGAAUAUGUUUUUAUAUAUUAGGGAUGAUUUCAAAUACGAUUGAAGGCAUUGAAAUCUUGGAUGAAUUUAAUUGGAUAAGUGUACUUGAUCAAUAUGGAAAUAGUAAAUGUUUAACAUUCCCCAAUUGUGAAAUCUCGGAAUUUUUUAAAAUAGAAAUCACAAAUCCAUAUAGGGAUACUCGAUAUUAUCAAAUCUUUAAUAAUGUGGGCAGUGGAAGUGGGGCUGGGACUUCAUUUGUUUGGAAUAUUGAUAAUCUCAAAAAUGGAGAUGCUGGUGGUGAUGUGAUUGGAGACGAAUUGUUGGAGAGUGAUGAAGAUAGUUCGGGGAAUGUUAGAGUAAAUGAUCGGAUUAUAUCACUUAUGCAACAUUUGAAUGCGGUUUUGAGUAAGAUUGAAAAUAAAGCAAUUCGAGAAUUGAUUAAAUUAAAGAAACAAUCACCGGAGUUAUUUAAUGAUAUGGGAUUAUUCUUGGAGGUGAUUAAAUUGGUUGAUAAAGGGACAUUUAAAUUUCAAAAGAGAGUAUUCAUAUUUAAUUUGUUUUCGGAUACGAAAGUAUUAGAGAAUUUAGUUAAACGAGAAAGAAGAGGUUCAUUUAGAUAG